AUGUUUGUACAACUACGUUCGUCUCGUCGGGCAGCAGGUGCGGAUGUGCCGGAUCAAGAGCAAAGAAUCGUUCUACCACUCAUCCACACGCCAUCUACCCAGACCCUUCUUGGCCGCCGCCUAAACAUACCGUCGGAUUCACAUCCGAAUAUCCUGGGAAACUACGACAAUGUUCAGUACCAUGUGGAGAUCGAGGUCGGUGUGGACUGUGCCGGCAAGACGCGGCAAAAGUUUCAGGUCGUUCCAGACACCGGCAGCUCCGACUUGUGGGUUCCAGCCGAAAACUGCUCGAAGUGUAGAACCGGCACUGCGAAGUUCGACAUCAGCCAGUCCUGCAACGCAGUCCAAGUCGGCAAUCGGAUAACAUUCCGGUACGGCGACGGCACUGUGGCGACUGGAGGCUCCUUUUAUGAUGCGGUGAAGAUUGGGGACCUAGAGGUUGCAAAGCAGCUUCUGAUCCAGGUCGACACCAUGGAGUCGGACACUCACAUGAAGUCUGAUGGCAUCCUGGGCCUCGCCCACCACUAUGCCUCGGACCGGGGAUUGCGUGGGGAGACCUUUGUGUCCACCUUGUUUCGGGAACAUCCCCACCUCCCGGCACAGUUUUCCUUCUAUCUGACUGGUCGAGGAACAGCAGGAGGAAGGUCUGAACUCGUGUUUGGAAACCCAGACUUGGCACACCAUUCAAAGGAAACCGAGUUUCAGUACGGCAAGGGUGACUAUAUGUCCACGACAGAACUCUGGCUAACCAGCGUUUGGUCUAUUGGCUGGAGUGGGACAGGUGUUGAUGUGACCUUCCCCGACCGUGGUACUCUGGGGGCGCCAGCACUGAUCGACUCCGGAUCAUCACUGCUCGUCAUCGAGCCUGGGGUGUAUGACCGCCUUAUCAGUGAGCUGAAAUGGCGGUUCACGAAUUGCCAUGACCUGCCAGAGCAGCAAAUCAUGAGCUGCGACUGUCCGCCGGCGAACGACUUGAGCCGGGUUCCACAACUGGUCAUCAAUGUAAUUGAUGAGCAGUCUCAGCAGUUUCCUCUUUGCAUGUCACCGGAUGAGUACAUUCUGGAGUCGGUGGACCCAAUAGAUGGAAGGACAUCAUGCGUACCUUCCAUUCAACGUGGAUCUUCAAGUCAGCCGGUCCCAUUGAUUUUCGGCAUGACAUUCAUGAGGGCCUUUUAUACCACCUUCGACCUAAAGAAUGGCCGGAUCGGAUUUGCUCGGAGCAACAUGUCACCGCUUGGCGGCAAUGCAAAGUGCUCUGCAGAUGCACAGCCUUUGCUUCGACGUGGCAUUUGGUUCGCAUCACUGCUGGUUGCUGUCGGAUCUGUGAUUUUUGCCUGUUAUGUCUUUUUGGUGCCUGCUGGUCGGGUUGACAUUUCACGGACGCGAAGCCGGGAAGCCCAAGAAGGGCUCGGGGCAGCUCCGGCAUCUGGGAUUUGA